UGGCCUUCAUACGUGUGCGUCUGCCAUUUUUUUUCUAAACUCCGAAUCCCAAAAUUGUUGCCUUCCUUCGUCUCCGAUCAUUUUCGUGGUGUCUGUAACCCCAAUUACAAUUCGAAUCCAUUAGCGAAAGAAAGAGACUUCCUUUGAAAGAGAAGAGUCUCGUUGGCUCGGUUUUCUGUUCAAAUCAGCGGAUUUCCUCACAUUUAAUUGUUCAAUCAUGGCGGCUACCAAUGUCAUGCGGCGAGACGAGAGCCUUCUUAUUGAUCCCCAAAGAGGAGAUACAAGUGUUUCUCGUGGCCUCUCGCUUGAGAAGAAAAUUGAGGCCCUUGAGAGCCUGGCCGGACAAGUUAGUAACAGGCGAUCUCGGAGAUGGUUAAAUGAUCGUAUUCUGAUGGAACUUGUUCCUCGUUUGGAUGCCCAAGAAAUCAGAGGCUUGUUUGCUCCACCACCGUGGGGUGAUGAUGUCCCACCCUCAGCAUUUUCUUUGACUAAUGUUGGAGAAUGGGACAAAUUUAGAAACAUAGACAUGGACAAGGAGGCCAACAUCAUGGAUUCCUUGAAUAGGUCAUCCGUAAGGCAGAAAGGUAGCGUGGACGGUGAUAAAAUCGCUGUCUUAAAUGCUUGGAGAAGAAUAGAUUGUAGGACAAGAGAUGCUCUUCGACGUAGCUUUUUACCAGAACUAAUCGAGGGAUAUGAGAGCUGUAUAAGUCACUUCAUCGAGGAAGGUGGUGAAGGAGAUGUUCUUGAGCUCAAGGUUCAAGACCCAUUCCAUAGAUUGCUUUUACACGGUGUUUGUGAGGUAUGAGCCACGACAUCACUUGCGCUAUUUUCUGCUAAGAUGUUGAAUGAAGAUAUAGAGAGUAACAACCUAAAAGAAACUGUUUUCUUUGGAGCAGUAUCACAAUUUGGUAUCAACAACUGCAACAGAACAGAUAGGAAGGAUAGCAAUGAAGACAACGAGCAUCAAAUGGAAGAAGAGUGGCGAUUCAGGGGAGAAACCAAGCAUCAGCCUAGCGCAUUUCCUUAGGAUGUCAAAGGAAGGAGCUUGGUAACAACACAUACACUCCUUUGUAGCUGUGGUUUUUUAUGAAUAUCAGCGCCAAUUUAAAGGGCUAUUUAUGCAGCAAAAAGAUCUCAAGACUCUCUCUCUCUCUCUUUGGCCUUUGCUACUUCCCCCUAUGUGGCCUCUUGUAAGCUUGUAUUUGUAUCCUCAAUUUAUACGGUUUUAUGAUUAAAGAACGAGAUAGACAAUAAAUUUUAUUGAGUGCUGAUUGUGAAUUUUGAAUCUUUAAAGUUAUAUUUUUGUUAUU